AGAUAGGUUUGCCAAACUGAAGAGCCUCAAGGGCCUUUAGGAGAAUUAAAUAUAAUUUCUUGCUCUUUGUCUCUCUAGUUUCUCUCUCUGGGGGGCUUCGACUUUCAAGCCUUCAAUGGAGACUUCUUCUAGACGAUCUAGAGGCCCGGUUCUGCCGAUGGCAUCGGCCUUUCAGAGAUCGAUAUCGCCGACGGGCCGGUUUCGCUCUUCGCCGCAGUCUGAUUCGUCGUCGUUUUAUGCGUCGUCGACGAGCUCCAGCUUCAUGUCGUCUCAUUCCAACGGUUUCUUCCAUCGGUCAGCGUCUCCGACUCGCGUGAACCUCCACGGAUUCGCGCCUCUCGCGCCGUCGGUGCGGUUCUCCAUCGAUCGGUCCAAGUCUCCCAGCCGUUCGAUGGUGGUCGCUUCGCGAGAUCAGGUGGUGAGGAAGCACAGCAGGGGUCCGCUGUCGAAUCUGCCGAAGAAGACGUGUAUGUGCUCGCCGACGACGCAUCCGGGCUCGUUCCGGUGCAACCUGCACAAGAAUUGCAACAGUGGACAGUCGGUUUCUUACUCGCCGAAUCGGCUGAACGCUCGCAGAUCGGCGAUGGCGAACUCGCUUGUUCGGAUUGGGACAGUGGAAGGCGAUUUGGUGAAGCGAACGUUGGCACAGUUGAUUCGCCCUUCCUCACAUCAGCAGAAGCGUAGGGCUGAUUUUCAGCCUAGGCCGAGUCGCCUUUCGAUCAUGUCGAAAGCCAGCGAUUCCGAUCUCUAUAAUCUUCCGUUACAGCUUUGGGACUUCCGUUUCGUGUGCCGUCCCGUUCCCCGUCACGUCUUUCGCAUUCGCCGUGUGUUAGGAGCAUACGUCGUCGUACGUAUACUCGUAUAUUUGUGUAGCAAUCCCCAAGGUACACUUCGUUUACCUAGCUCUGUUUUCCCCUGUUUUUUCCCCCCCUUAAAUUUGUAUUUUAACUCCUCUUUGCUUUCUACUUUAGCUCAGUUGUUUUGCAGGAAUGACGUGUUGACGUUCCAAGGUUUACUUGACCGACUUAACAAUUCGAGAACAUGAUGAUAUCUUGGCGUUGGAGAAACGCCAACCAAAGGGCCCCAAUGGAACAAUAAUGAUAUUUAACUUUAUAAAGUAAUUUAAAUUAAUAAUUUUAUUAUAUAAAGUGUUUAAUGUCGACAUAUUAAAUACUUUAUGUAAUAAGAAUAUUAAUUUUAAUUAUUUUUUAAGACUGAAUUGGGGAGAAAUUCAUGGGACUGUUUGGAUGAAACUGACGACUGAGUGGGCUAGAUCCUUGGAACGAGGACUUGGAGACUCCACGGAUGUCAGUGAAAAGAAAUGGGAGAGUAAUAAUAGAAGUGUCCUAAGAAUGACAACAAUGGAAAGGAUUUAAUAAAUGAGUGGGAAAUGGGAACCAGGCUGGCACCCCUUAAGCGCCUUGAAUUGAAUACACUACUGACCAGAGGAUUGCCAUCUCCACCCACCCCACCCACCUCACAUUUGUCAACAUCAACUAGCCAGAAUAAUAUAAAGACGAAAAGAUAAAGUAAAACUGAGUGGUACUGGAAUAGACAGCAAUAACUCACCGAAUUUCCAACUUUGGCAUUUGA